GAAUUGUGGGCGAAUAUAUUCUACAGUGCCCUGCCCAUUAUAAACGUGGUUAGAGUUGUGGUUAUUAACAUUGCCUGACGGAUGAUAACAAAUAUGCAAUGUUGCUAGAAUGAUUGCGGAUCCUGGAGUUCAUAUUCCUUGAAAAACAUAUUUUGACAUGUUAUUGAACUAGGAUGACCUUCAUUCGAAGCUAUAAAGAGGAGAACAUUUCGGGAGGUGCAGAUCAGAGGCCACGAACAUUUCAGUUUGAAUACACAAGGACACCUGCAGUAAAAGAGUUAAUUAGUGAGCUUAGUGCAUUUUCUGUCAAUUGCAUCGAAAUACGUUGAAGAAAAGAAUUAAAGAUGCUACAGUACUUGUUGCUUAGUUGUUUAUUCGCACUGGAGGUGCACUCAGCACCUGUGUCAGAUGCUGUUGGAAUGGAUUUUUUACGAAAGUAUAAAUAUCUAGAUAGCGGUGAUGACAGUACGACAGUCUCCGAAGACACUUUAAGGGAAGCCGUGAAGACUUUUCAAUUAUUUAACGAUAUCAACGUAUCGGGUACUAUGGACCCACAAACACUUGAACUAAUGGCCAAGCCUAGAUGUGGUUUACCAGACCCUAAAAUCAACUUAACGAAUGGCGAGGCACCAAUGGGGCUGGCCAGAGGCUAUACAGCUGCAGGAAAGUGGACCAAAACGAAUCUAACAUACAGGUGUCAGUCUAUUUAUAGUAGCCACACAUGAGAUAGGACAUGCACUGGGAUUGGAACAUUCAUCCGACCCUACUGCGCUGAUGGCGCCCUUCUACAGAUAUGUUGAGGAUUUCUCGCUCCCUCAAGAUGAUAUAAAUGGCAUCCAAUCAAUUUAUGGAGAAAAGGUGAAGAAAGCCAAGCCAACACUGCCCUCACCGACCGAGUCUUCCACGCCCAAUGCAGAGGGAGAUGAAGACCCAUGUAACCGAGCAUUUGAUGCUGUGACAGUCAUACGCAAUCAGCUCUUUGCAUUCCAGGGUAACCGUUAUUGGCGGUGGGAAGAUGGCAAGGGUCCCGCAAGAGCUCUUAUUACAUAUGACACGGAAAAGGGUGACAAGACAAGCAAUAUGUUUAAAUAUUUACCCAAGAAGAUUGAUGCUGUUUACGAAAGUUUUGUCGGAUUUAAUAUAUACUUCUUUGCUGGAGAUAAAUACUACCAAUACCAUGGCAACAAAUAUACUACAUCUGGGAAAAUCGAAGAUUUGAUUCCAGGCCUCCCGACGGAUAUCGAUGCCGCCACUGCUAUCGGAGACGAGGGCGAUGUCUAUUUUUUCAAGGGGUCUCAUGUAAUGAUCUACAAUGAAUUUACGAAAAACCUUAGCCAACCAAUCUUGACUGCCGACAGAUUUGAAGGUGUCCCGUCUCAGCUCUCGUCUGUGUUUUAUGAAGACGCUGGAAAAGGUUUCGUAUAUUUCCUGAAGGAUUUGCUAUACGUAAAGUACUCAAUGCCGAAGAAUCGCAUUUAUGGCAAUAAACGCUUUUUCAACGUCGACUUUUUAAAGUGCAACGAGCCUCUUAAAACCCGUCCUGCAGACGCUUCAGAUCCAGAAAAUGGAAUGUUCUGUGUCCCCUUAGGAGAUUUGUAGGCGUCAAUCCCACUACCACAAAUCCAGUGGUCCAGGCUUAGAUCAUCAGAGACCUAUCUAACCAAAGACUUUUAUCAAACGCCGAAUUUUGCCAUGAACAGGAUUGUUUUUUGCUUGUUUAUUUGGUAGAUUCUUUGAUGAAUUCGUCAUUGAUUUUAGUCGUCUUGCAGUCUUCUUAUUCGUUUACUAAAAAACUUCUAUUUUUUAAAUAUUAAAUAAAUUAUAUGCUGACGAUGAGUAGCGCUAGUCAUCUACAGUGAUAAGUGUUCGUAGAACACAUUUACUCUGAUAAUUAUUUAAAUUAUUUUUCAAUAUUAUAUUUAAACAUUAUAUAUUUUUAAUUAUUUCUUAAUAAAUAACCUAUUUAAUUAUCUUCUGCAUAGGCAUAUUUAAUAAAUUAUUGUACAUAGAGGAUGACUUUUUGACGUUACAUUUUGAAGUCACAUUUCGCAUGUUCACCACCGCAAUAUCAAAGAUAUAAAACAUUUAAAAUGUUCAGCAGAAGAUAGAAGAACGAUUUAUUUUCUGUUUAUAUAACUUGGCGUCAGAUAUUUGGAGAUCUUUUUUGUAAUUUUAGACAUAAUAAAGAAUAUUUGUAACAUGUGUAAA